AUGGGAAUGCCUCCUUCCUCGCAGCGGCGCCUGAUUGGCCGAUCUUUUCUAUCACUGGCAAGAUUUCUGAAGGCAGUGGGCAGAGUCAAGUGGAGAAUCUAUUGUGCCCUGAACCUGGUCCUGGCUCCGGUCCAGCCUCACCCAGAGGUCUGUGAUAGUCUCAGCUGGAGACGGACCAAAGCUGCCAAUCCUAUUACACUACCACCCCCAGUCCUGGUCCCUGCCCCGGUCCCUGCCCCUGCCCCGGUCCUGGUCCCGGCCCUGUUCCUUGUCCCUGCCUCGGUCCCUGCCCCGGUCCCUGCCCCGGUCCCUGCCCCGGUCCCUGCCCCGGUCCCUGCCCCGGUCCCUGCCCCGGUCCCUGCCCCGGUCCCUGCCCCGGUCCUUGCCCCAGUCCCUGCCCCGGUCCUUGUCCCUGCCUCGGUCCCUGCCCCGGUCCCUGCCCCGGUCCCUGCCCCGGUCCCUGCCCCGGUCCCUGCCCCGGUCCCUGCCCCGGUCCCUGCCCCGGUCCUUGUCCCUGCCUUGGUCCCUGCCCCGGUCUCUGCCCCGGUCCCUGCCCCGGUUCCUGCCCCGGUCUCUGCCCCGGUCUCUGCCCCGGUCUCUGCCCCGGUCCCUGCCCCGGUCCCUGCCCCAGUCCCUGCCCCGGUCCCUGCCCUGCCCCGGUCGCUGCCCAAAUCACGUUUUAAUUAA